AUGGAAGAACAAUCAAAUUUUAAAGAUAGUAAUGAAGAACCAUUUGUAGUGUUGUCCGAUCAAAAUGAGGAAGAUGAAUUGGAGGGGCUUGUUGAGGUCGAGAAUGAUACUAGCAAAGAAAAUGAAUCUAGUAGUUCCAAGAAAAAUAAGAAACUAACUUCUGAAGCAUGGGAUUAUUUUGAUGUGGUUAAAAUCAAAGAUAUACAAAAGGCAAAGUGUAAGUAUUGUAAGAGUGCACUCUCUUACUCGAAAAAUAAUGGAACCUCACACCUUCUCAAACAUGCUAAAAAAACAUGUUCGAGAAGACAUUUGAAGCUUCCGUCUGGUCAAUCACAAUUGAAGAUUAAGACCGAAGUUGAUGGGACUACUUCUUUGACAGUUAAGGAAAAACAAAAGAAAGUGAUAUUUGAUCAAGAUGUUUCAAGGCGAGAGUUGGUUAGAAUGGUAGUAAUACAUGAAUAUCCUUUGUCAAUCGUGGAUCAUCUUGGUUUUAGGAGCUUUGUCAAGAGCUUAAAUGAUAAUUUCAAGAUUAUUUCAAGGAACCCGUUAAGGAGUGAUGUGAUGAAAAUGUACAACAAUGAAAGAAUUUCUUUUAAGGAUUUAUUAGAGGCUAAUGAGGGUAGAGUGGCAAUAACAACUGAUAUGUGGACCGCCUCUAAUCAAAAAAAGGGGUACAUGGCUGUUACUUCGCAUUUCAUUGACCAACAGUGGGUUUUUCAUAAUCUUACAUUAAGGUUUUGUUUUGUGCCAUGUCCACAUACAAAUGGAGUUAUUGUUAAGGUUCUUAUGGAUAGUUUCUCUCAAUUUUCUUUGGAAAACAAAAUUUCUUCUGUUGUUGUUGAUAAUUGUACUACAAAUGAUGCUAUGAUCAAUGUUUUGUUGGAGAAAUUAGAAAGUAGUUGCUUGGAGUUAAAUGGAGAUUUUUUGCACAUGAGGUGUAGUGCUCAUAUUCUAAACUUGAUUGUGAAAGAUGGUUUAGAAGUGAUUGAUCAUGCAAUUAUCAAAGUAAGAGAGUGUAUAGCAUUUUGGAUGUCUACCCCUAAAAGGAUUGAAAAAUUUGAGGAAGCUUGUCGUCUUUUGAAUGUGACUAAAACUAAAAGAGUGGCUCUUGAUUGUAAAACUAGGUGGAAUUCUACUUACUUGAUGCUUGAAUCUAGUUUGCCUUUCAAGGAUGUUUUUAAUAAGUUGAAACGUCUAAAUAAAAGGCUUAAGUUUUAUGUUCCUAGUGAUAACGAUUGGACUAUGGCUACUCUUGUUUGUCAAAAACUUGCUUUGAAUCGUUGGGUGCAAACCGAUAAUCAUGAGGUUAUUAGGAUAAUGGCUAAGAGUAUGGUUGAAAAAUUUGACAAAUAUUGGUCACAUAUUAAUGGGAUUUUAGCUAUUGCUGCCAUUUUAGAUCCUAGAAAUAAAAUAGGUUGUGUGGCUCAUUAUUUUGGAAAAUUAUAUGGAGAUGAUGCUAAUAGUGAAAUGACAAGAAUAAGAAAGACCCUUGAUAAUCUUGUCCAUGAGUUUCAAAAUAAGAAUGAGGUAGUGAAUGAACCAUCACCAUUAAAGAGAGGGUUUAACGAGUGUGGUGAUGAAGAUGAUUUUGCAAGAUCUAAGAGACAAAAGAGAGUGACACUAUGCCGGAGGAUAAUGAAUUUAAUGUUCUUAAAUGGUGGAGUAGAGAUCAAAAUUAUCCAACUUUGA